CGUCUGGGCUCCGAUGUCCCCUCCUCCUGCAGAGCCGAUCCAAACAGAGUGGUCUCGGAUCAGCCCUCUUCGUCCAAAUCCCCCAAAUUGAGGAGUAAAAACCAGAAAGGAGGGGACGCCUCUGCAACGAGUAAGAAAAGCUCCAAAAGCACAGUCGGCUGUGGCCCCGGCUUCUGGAAGGAGGGCUGCUUACAAUCCGAGCUGAUUCAGUUUCACCUGAAUAAAAGGUUAGGGAAGAAGGGAACAAAGAUGCAGGCAAAACCAGCAUCUCCCCCCUCCUUGGAGCUCUCCCCUGAGGCUGAGCCCUCACAACUCGCCCCCCAGCAGGACCAGACACUAUUGGAGGAGGUGGAACGACUUGAGGAUGAAAAUGAUGAUCUUAAGACUGAAAUUGAAGAGAUGCGAGCAGAGAUGGAUGAGAUGCGGGACACCUUCUAUGAGGAAGACGCCUGCCAGCUGCAUGACAUGCGGAGAGAGUUGGAGAGAGCUAACAAGAAUUGCAGAAUACUCCAAUAUCGCCUAAAGAAGGCUGAGAGAAAAAGGAUCCGCUUCACAGAGAGUGGCCAAGUGGAUGGAGAGAUGCUCAGAAGUCUUGAGCAAGACCUCAAGGUGGCAAAGGAUGUGUCUGUGCGUUUGCACCACGAGCUGGAGAAUGUGGAAGAGAAGAGAACAAGAACUGAAGAAGAGAAUGAGAAGUUAAGGCAGCAACUGAUAGAAGUGGAAGUCAGCAAACAAGCAAUUCAGAAUGAGCUAGAGAAAGCUAAAGAGCUGUCCCUGAAGAGAAAAGGAGUGAAGGAUCUACAGAAAGAGCGGAAGCUUCAGCAGACCCCAACUGAGGAAGAAAAUGACGAUCUCAAGUGCCAACUGGCCUUCAUCAAAGAGGAGGCUGUCUUAAUGAGAAAAAAGAUGGCAAAGAUAGACAAGGAGAAGGAUCGCCUGGAGCAGGAGCUGCAGAAGUAUCGCUCCUUCUACGGAGAUGUGGACAGCCCGCUGCCCAAAGGUGAAGCUGGAGGUCCGCCCACCACGCGGGAAUCUGAGCUGAAGCUCCGCUUGCGCCUCGUUGAGGAGGAAGCCAACAUCCUGGGGAGGAAGAUUGUAGAGUUGGAGGUGGAGAACAGGGGCCUGAAGGCUGAGUUGGAUGAUAUGAGGGAGGACAGUUUGGCGGCUGCAGGAGUGGAUGGUGAUGGCCGUGGAGGUCAGCAGUGCAGAGAGCAGAGUGAGGCGCUCUCUGAGCUGAGGCAGCAGCUGCAGCUGGUGGAGGACGAAGCAGAACUCCUGCGCAGGAAUUUAGCAGACGUGGAGGAGGAAAACAAAAAGGUGACAAAUGAGCUGAACAAGCUCAAGUACAAGGCUGGAUCCCAUGAAGCUGGCUUGAGACACGGAGGAGGAGGAAGUGACCCUGCUAAAAUGGAGGCCCUCCAGGAGGAACUUAAGGCAGCCCGUCUGCAGAUCAAUGAACUGAGUGGCAAAGUGAUGCAGCUGCAAUAUGAGAACCGUGUACUGCUGUCUAACAUGCAGCGCUAUGACCUGGCUUCACACCUGGGCAUACGAGGCAGCCCACGGGACAGUGAUGCCGAGAGCGACGGAGGGCGGGACGAUGACACCCCCUCAGCCUCCUCACCUCGCCUCCUGCCACCUCACCGUAAACGGGAGGGCCCCAUUGGAGGCGAGAGUGACUCGGAUGAGGUGAGGAACAUCCGCUGCCUUACCCCAACGCGCUCCCUCUACUCACCUGUGGAGAGCCGUUUUUUAUCCAGAAGCCUGAAGGACCGGCAGCAGAUGAUAGACAUCCGAAUAGAGGCCGAAAGGCUGGGCCGGACCAUCGACAGGCUCAUUGCUGACACCAGCACCAUUAUUGCGGAGGCUCGGGUGUACGUCACUAAUGGUGAGCUUUUUGCUAGGCUGGAUGAUGAAGACGAAGGUGGGAGGAUUCGAGAACAUGAGCUGCUAUAUCGCAUCAACGCGCAGAUGAAAGCCUUCAGAAAGGAGCUGCAAGGCUUCAUUGACCGGCUGGAUGUUCCUAAACAAGAUGACAAACAACCAGAGGAACCUCUUUCUAUGUUCCAGCCCAUUAUUUUGCUGAUCCUCAUUCUUGUUCUGUUUUCCUCACUCUCUUAUGCCACCAUUUUUAAACUUGUGUUUCUUUUUACCCUUUUCUUUGUUCUGUAGGCCUCAAAAUUGAAUG